UCGCCGCCGCCGCCGGCAGCCGGUGCUGUCCGUGCGCCGAGCCAUGCGGGUGUGCGCCGCAUGCGGAGAGCGCGCUGCAGGGCGCUGCUAGGAGCCGAGCCCGCCCGCCCGGCCGGCCCGGCCUCCCUCUCCCCGCCCGCCGCCCGCAUGGCAGCGCCGCGGGAGUGACCGUCCCGGAGAAGGUCUGCGUCCUCCGCGGCACGCUCGGCCCGGCCCGGCUCGGCUCGGCUCGGCUCGGCCCGGCCCGGCCCGGCCGGGCGGUUCUCGGGGUCCCCCCAGCCCGCGGGGCCGUCCCUGAGGAAGAGUCUGUGGCGCUUGUCAAAAUGAGAAAGUGACUGUCAGUGACCUGGCUUGGUACUUCUGUCACCAGAGUCUCCUGGAGCCAGUGCUCAGCCCAGCUGAAGCCGGAGGAGGAAGGAGGAGAAGCACAGCCUGAUCAGGUGCAUCUGAAGAAGUGACAAGGGAAAGUAGAAUGGAGUGAAGUAAGUGCAGCAGGAGGCUCACAAGCAGACGUACAUGCUGAUCUACAAACAGAAUAUACAUGGAUCAGAGUAACAAACUGGUUUUGUGCAUUCAGCUUUUCAGUGAUCAUACUUGUAUUGUGUCCCUCAGUUGUAUUUAAAGUAAUUGAUCUGCAGAGAAAAUGCACGGUUUUAUUUGAGGAUUGAUGUCUUCAGAAGUGGAGAGAGGAAUGGAAUGGAGCAAAGAGAUUUAAGAUGUGGAAGGAAGAAGGUCUAGUUGCCGUUUUUUGUUGAGCAGAAGUCUCCAAUUUCCUUUAUUAACUACCUUCUGAUACUUGUUUUGGAGAAAGCUUCUCUCUGUUAAGUUGAGAGUUACAACUGUUUCAACCUUCAUUACUUUUCUUUUCCUUUUUUUUCCUCCCAAGGUUACAUGCAGGCGCACACAGGCACACCCACAACUUUAUUUGUGUAUGACAAUUGCAUCUGGUAGAUACUAAUGGACAGAAAUCAUUGACAAGGAGGUAUAGGUACAAGCAUAAUGACUGUGAGGGUUGUUUCACUGCUUCUUCCCUUUCAUUGUUUCCAAGGACUGGGAGUAGCUGCUCAGCCUUGCUGUCAGUGUCUACCUGAGUAUGCUCCUGAGAUGUCACUUGAAGAGCAGAGAGCUCUUCUCUGUGUGUCACUGUUUGUGUCCACACAGAAACACAUGUACAUACUCAAAGAAAACCACUCGGCUCCUGGAUGUGUCUUGUGACCCAUGUCUUUGCACUGUCCAAGAGUCUUGGAAAGGAAUCUGCAGAAUUGCAAAGAGGAGGAGGGAAGUCUUAAACAAGAACAUCAGAAGAAUGGUAAUGCAAUAAAAGUUUUAAAACUUGAGCAAAUGCAAAAGAUCAAGCAUUUUAGCAUCUCUGUCCUUGUAGGUGGGAAUGGUUAUUUUGUGGUUGUGCCAUUCGUGGUCCAAAGAUGGGACCAGUGAGUGGACUUCCUUUGAAGCUCUGUGGAAGGAUAAAAGUAACAGUUCAGUCCUACAUCCCUGGGCUGCCUGUCUAGCUUAAUAUAGCACUAAUCUGGCAAAUCAUCAAGCAGGGAUGCUGGACCUUUCAACAGAGGAAAAUACAAUGUUAAAGUCAUAGAUGUUAUGAAUUAGCUCUUAAGAGCUGCAUCAAGAAGCACAGUUGGUAAGUGUGGUAUUUUGUGGCUCUUGUGUGAAUGCCAUAUUUUUCCCUGUGUGCAGUCAUUCCAACACAAGUUAAAUUCUUUGUUGUAGAAAAAGCUAAAUAUUUUGGAAUGCUGAGUCUGAAACACAGAUGAUAUACUGCAGCAAAAGACUCCUGUGGGAUUUUUUUACGAGAUGGAUUUUAUUUGUUAAAUGAGUUUUCAGUAGUUCUUCAGUACAUGCUAUUGUAUUGCUUGCGUGAUGUCUUAGAAUGUCACUGGUCUGAUCUGGGCUGUGAUGACUGAAUAAAUUGCAUCAUUUGCUAACUGUGGAAAGAUGGCUUGAUCCGUAAGAGACAUUUGUGUAUAUGUGAGUUUUGUAAUGUAAUUGUAAAUCAUAAAUUAAAGAUGAUCAGUUAACGCCAAAUACGAGCUGUAUUCAUAGCUCUUGGUGUUCUUGUCUGCCCACAGGAGUUUCAAGAGUUAAAGGGGAUCGUAGAGGAAACUAAGCUGCUUUUGUACUUUGUUUGAGGGGGGGACAGUAAUGAAAUAAGUUAUGUAGUCUAAGACAUCUUGAAAAUGGAGACUUUUAAGUGGUCUUUGGGCUUCUACCAAGGAACAUGCUGCUGGCAUUUUGGUUUUGUGCAUUAGAGGAAAGAAAACACUAGAAAUCCCUCAGCUUUCAUCUAUAGAGAAAUAACUGCACUUUGCUGCUAUGUUUUGGCCGUAUUGGUUUUUGGCAUGGUUGUGGUAAUUUAUGGUUUUAUAUCCUGUGGGUUUUCAGUGACUUAAAUUACUAAGAAGAAAUAGUUUGUCCUGUGGUCGUUGGUGAGAUGGUGUUACAGUUGGCAGGGAGAGCUUGUCUAGGAGUUGGAGGAUCAGACCUGUGUCUUUUUUGGCUUUGACAGUGACAGCUGUCUCGAAGGAGGACUGGAGAAGACUAUAGUAGCUGGCUGUGGUGACAUAACCUGCUUGAUUGUGCCUUGCUGACCUUUGCCUUGGACGAUAGAGGUGUAGAGCUCCUAAUUCAAAAGCUUGAAUGCAAGUCUCACCUGGAAAGUUUGAGUAUUUCAUGUUAAUCUGCUUAUGCUUUUGCUUAUUGCUAAUAAACUUUCAUUUUGAGUCUGUGUUACAGUGAGGGGGUAGAAGGAUCUUUAUUCAGAUCUCUUCAAAUUGCAGCUAUUCACAAACAGCAACUCAGAAGCAAGAAAUCAUUUUAUGUAACUGGAUAAUUUCAAGUGUGCCAUCAUCACACAAUUUUUUUUUUUUUGUUAACUGAAGGCAGUAAAGAUUCCCUAAUAAAUGAGUCACAACAGCAUUAAUGCUCUUAUUUAUAUAACUUGAGAUCUUGUAGUCUAAGCUUGUUGGCCUUUACCUCCAUGAGUGUUUUUAUUUUUGGUGGGGGUUUUGUUUUAAAGCCACUUCAUGAUUACUCAUUUUGUUUGUUACUUGUACAUAUACAGCCAGUUGUAUCUUCUCCCUUUAGGGGUGGAAGUAAAGCUUUAUUACAACUCACUUCUCUUAAUUUGACAAAGCAAGUAUCAGUGAAUAUGGCCAGCUUCAGCAAGAAAGUCUAUGCAGAGCACUGAGAAGCAUUAUCCCCAGAUUAACUGUAUGUGGAAACCUUAGGUACACUCCCAGAGGAAGAGUUGCAAUAACUGGGGAGAAAUAGUUUUAUUUGUGAAUUGUACACCCAUGUGGAAAUAGCAACAUUUCCUGCUAACUUAUAUCCUUCAAUGAUAUCUUUGUUAAAUCGCUUUUCAGAAUAGAGUCACAUAUUAAGGAAUAAUUCCAACACACUGCUUACACUAGCAAACUUUUUUUAGGGUGUCUUUACUUUGUGACUUUUCCUGUAGUCAAAGUGUUGCUAAUGUAGAAGAUAAAAGGAGAUUUAUUCCUGUUUCUAGCCCAUGCCAUAGACUUAAAGGUUCUUCCUUUUAUAACUGGUCAAGCUCAAAACUUUGCCUUCCUCAAACACUCUGCCGUGUUAUAGAGUAUGAAAUCUGAUGCAAUUCAACUGAAUUUUUGGGCUGUAAUCUUUUUGAGACAGGAUUACACAAUGCAUAAUGCAGUAAGGCUUUGAUAUAGAGUAGGAAAUUGAACCUUUUAUGCAACAUAAAUAUCAAGUGCUAGCACAGCCUAGCUCUUUGUCCAAAAAUGGCUUUUUUUUUUUUUGUUUGAAUAUGAAGGACCUCUGACCAAGACCCAGGAGCUGAGUGCUACACAAGGAGCAUAGAGCAUACAAUGCAAGUAUUGUGAAAGGUAGUGGCAUCUGAUGCAUGACAUGAUGAGACAGAGAGAGGAUGCCCCUAGUGAGUCAGGAGCGGGAUUACCAUUUGUAUGUCAUAUAAAGAAUGUUUUAACCCAACAGUAGCUCUGCCACUCAUAACAGAGCUAGCAGCACAAUAAGCCAUUAGCCCCAUUUGGGAACAAGGCUGCAACUUUCUUUUAAGCCUAAAGAACGAUGUCUGUCUGACUGCCAGCCAGCUGUUGUACUGGCUCUUCCCUUUCUUGGCUUCAAACCCAGAAUAACAGCCAUCUCAUGUCUGCUUACAUGUGGUGAGCAAGGAUCCAACUUUGAUAUUUCUGCAAAGGCCUUGUAAUCCAGGACCAUUUCAAUGUGAACAUGGAUAUGGCUGUGUCCAUGUGCAAGAAUUUACAGCCUACAGCAGUAGCACAUCACCUGCCUUCUUGAAGUCACCAUUUCGGGUGUCUCCUGCAAGGUCAAUUGGUGCUGUGUGCGGAUAUCCCAAACUUUGUGACGAGGGCUGGUGAAGGGUCGUUCACUUUGGCUUCCUAAAGCAAGUCUGUUCUUGGGAAACUGAAACCAGUGAAGGCUUAAAAGAAUAGUUUAAUUUUGUUAAUCCAAAGUUUCUCGGUGGUGUUAUAUCUAAGAGAAAGGGCUUUUAUUGUUAGCCUUUGAGGAACUUGAAAUGGAGAUUAGAAUUGCUGUUUAGCCUAAAAGGGAACAAAAACUAUCAUAGAGUUCUGGGCCUUGAUAAGCUUUUUCUUAUUUAAAAUAGUGUACCUGAGGCAUCAUUUGGCAGGCAAAAUUCUUGGUCAAAGACAGGCUGUUACAAAACUUUAUAAUAAAUUAAAUGGAUGGUUUCGUUCAUGUUUUGGUCUGGCCAUGACAAAUCGUAAACUCUUAACUGACGGUUUAUGGGAAUGUAGUCAUAUGUAUAUUAUUGCUGUACACCCACAUGCACAGGCAGUAGUCCAAGUGUGCAGAUGAGAUAACAGGAGCAUAUAAAUAAAGCAGUUGGCUAGUUGUCCUAACAUUCUUGAGUAGAUCCUUGUUAAAAUAGUGCCAGUCAAACUUAUGAAUAGAUCUGGUGUAUCGAAGAUUACUCACAUUCAGCUAUGACACGAUAGAGGUCACUGUGUAGGCAAUUUGCGGCCAUUUUGUGUCGUGUUGAGUCAACGAUUUGAAAUGCAAACUGAGAGCUCAAGUAAUCCCUGCUGUCCCCUGAUAGUUGCAGGUUGCCUCCAGGCUACCCUCUUCCAAGAGAGGGAUGUUUGCAGGCCCUUAGGGCCAUGCCACCUGAUCACUGGGGAGUGUGAGGAGGUCUCUGUAUGCCUGUGGGAGAGGAACACUGUAGUUGUUCUCUCUCCCACCACCACCGCUGCACUAGAACUGGUGUUUUCUGGCGCUCUUAGAAGAUAAAAGCGACAUUUGCUCCAUUGUUCGUGCUUCAUGUAUGUGAGUAGGUGAUGCGCUGUCCAUCGCACAUGCCUAUAGAAAUACUGCUGGAAAUGAUGGUAAAGAACAAUUUGCCUUAGGACAGGUCCUGAGUCUCCACCUUGUUCUGCACAGGACACCAGGACAGCAAGGGGGGCUGGAUUGCCCCUCUUUCCCAAAGCCUUGAGUUAUGCUUGGUGGAAGGCACAAUGAGAGCCAGGACUCUGAAAUCAGUGGUAAUGUACUUGCAUGAGCUCAGACUUUCCAUUUCCCCUGUUUUUUGAAAUGUUAGCAUGCUGGUGGAAGGGCUAGAAGAUGAUUUAGAAGGAAGGGACCCUUCUUCUCCCAGGUCAGUAUGAUGCUAGUGCCGUGUCGUGAACUUGCCUGCUGGUUACCCCUGCUUGCACAGAAACUCGUGGGGACCUGACUGGGGCCUGCUGGAGGGAUGUCAAAAUUACCUGGCUUGGCUGUGUAUUGAAACAAUGGCAACAACAAAACCUAACUCUCUUGUUUUCCUCUAGUCAGAGGGCAACUCUCCUUUUAUUUCUGUAGCAGCUGGGAGGUGGCUAUUGUGCUGCUUUAAGUGAUGAGUAACUUGCCAAAGCAAGUUCAAAUGGCAAGCACCUGGGGUAAGGGAAAGCUGCCUCUGGACCGAUUUCCCCAUUUGGCAAGCAGAUAGCGUGUUGACUGUAAAAGUCAGACAGACAGUGACAUGGUACAUGACUGCAUGUCUGUGAAGGUGGCUGCCAAAAAUGUUGUUGCGAGUGCCUGGGGAAGGCUGUAGCAAUCAUGGCAAGGUGAUAAGGGCUGGAGCAGGAGUGGCAUCUGUCCAUAGAUGAGAUUGUAUAAAAUGUCUCCUUUCUAUAUUUUUAUUUCAUUUAUUUGAGGUUAAGUGAAGUACAUACUCGGAAAGCUUCACUGUCUGUUUUAAAACAGAUUUGACUGGACAGGAAAGCUUCAUUGUCUGUUUUACUGGAAAGAGUUUUAUGUGAGAAGUCGUCGUUGUUACCCGUCUGGCAGGAUGUCCGAAGCAUAGAAGAUUUCUUUGCUAGAUAAAGAGCAGAUUGCUUUUAGCUAAUGGAUGUAAUGGAAGUAUCACUGCAGGUCCUUGAGAAUGCAGUAGCUCAUAUGUGUGCAAAUCUUAUACAUGAAACUUCUGUUUAAUGUGUAACCCAGUGAGAGUCACUGUGUUUGCUGUUCUCUCUGAAGAGAUGAACCAACUCGGUCUGGCUAGGUGAAACAGAAAAUGCUGUCGGAGAUCUGAUCACUCAGACUUAGCGUCACUGCUUUGAUCACCGGUGAUGUGCUGCCUUGGAUAAAAGAAGAGCGAAUUGGUAUUGCAUAAAUAACAGCAGUUGAAACAGCAGUAUAAGGUUUGGAGUGCAUGUGCCGGGGUAGCAUUGGAGACCAUAAAGGCGUGAGAGAAGAGAUGGGAGAAGGAAACGAGUGGAGAGGAGCACCUUGAGCACCCCUCUGCAUGGGUCUCUCUUAGCUGGAAUGUUUACCCUUGCAGAAGUUGCAUCGCUCAAUGACAUCCAGCCAACUUACCGUAUCUUGAAACCAUGGUGGGAUGUAUUUAUGGAUUAUCUAGCUGUUGUUAUGUUAAUGGUUGCCAUUUUUGCUGGAACCAUGCAGCUGACCAAAGACCAGGUGGUCUGCUUGCCAGUUUUGCAGUCUACUGUAAAUUCAAAAGCACAACCCGGCACGUCAGGGAAGGCUGACUUUACAACUGUUGAAACAACCACUGGUCGAGGAGAAGAAGCAUCAAUGAGAACGGUUUCCUUCGGAAGUGCCCCUACUGUAACACCUGAUGUACCCCUGAGCAGAGCUACCUCUUCUCAGUAUCAACCCACUGAAUCAGGCCAGGAGGUGAAGAAGGAGCAGAAAGAUUCUUCAGGCCGUAAAACAAAUUUGGAUUUUCAGCAAUACGUAUUUAUUAACCAGAUGUGCUAUCAUUUGGCUCUUCCUUGGUAUUCAAAGUAUUUUCCCUAUCUUGUUCUCAUCCAUACUAUCAUUUUAAUAGUCAGUAGCAAUUUUUGGUUCAAGUACCCCAAGACUUGCUCAAAAAUUGAGCAUUUUGUGUCUAUAUUAGGGAAGUGCUUUGAGUCCCCUUGGACUACAAAAGCAUUGUCUGAAACGGCAUGUGAGGACUCAGAGGAGAACAAACAGAGGUUAACUGGUGCCCAGUCCCUGCCCAAGUAUGUUUCCACUAGCAGUGAUGAAGGAAGCCCAAGUGCCAGCACUCCCAUGAUAACAAAGUCUGGCUUCAAAUUUUCAGCUGACAAGCCAAUGAUCGAGGUUCCCAGCGUCACUAUUUUAGAUAAGAAAGACGGAGAACAAGCCAAAGCGCUGUUUGAGAAAGUCCGUAAGUUCCGGGCUCACGUGGAGGACAGUGAUCUGAUUUACAAGCUGUAUGUAGGCCAGACUGUCAUCAAGACUGUCAAAUUCAUAUUUAUUCUCUGCUAUACUGCAAACUUUGUCAACACCAUUAGUUUUGAACACAUCUGCAACCCAAAAGUGGAACACCUGAUUGGCUACACACAGUUUGAAUGUACACACAACAUGGCUUACAUGUUGAAGAAGCUGCUUAUCAGCUAUAUUUCCCUCAUUUGUGUCUAUGGCUUUAUCUGCCUCUACACACUUUUCUGGCUGUUCCGAAUACCUUUAAAAGAAUAUUCUUUUGAAAAGGUCAGAGAAGAGAGUAGCUUCAGUGAUAUCCCUGAUGUCAAAAAUGAUUUUGCAUUUCUCUUGCAUAUGGUAGAUCAGUAUGACCAGCUGUAUUCUAAGCGAUUUGGUGUCUUCUUGUCAGAGGUAAGUGAGAACAAACUACGGGAAAUUAGUUUAAACCAUGAAUGGACUUUUGAAAAGCUGCGGCAACAUGUUUCCCGCAAUGCCCAGGACAAGCAAGAGUUGCAUCUCUUCAUGCUAUCAGGGGUCCCCGAUGCAGUGUUUGAUCUGACGGACCUGGAUGUGUUGAAACUGGAGCUAAUUCCUGAAGCAAAAAUCCCUGCGAAAAUUUCCCAGAUGACAAAUCUUCAGGAGCUUCAUCUGUGCCACUGCCCUGCGAAGGUCGAGCAGACUGCCUUCAGCUUCCUCCGGGACCACUUGAGAUGCCUUCAUGUGAAAUUCACAGAUGUUGCAGAAAUUCCUGCGUGGGUGUAUUUGCUUAAAAACCUCCGUGAAUUGUACUUGAUAGGCAAUUUGAACUCUGAAAACAAUAAAAUGAUAGGGCUUGAAUCUCUCAGAGAGUUGAGACACCUUAAAAUUCUCCACGUGAAGAGCAAUUUGACCAAAAUUCCCCCCAAUAUCACAGAUGUGGCACCACAUCUGACAAAACUAGUCAUUCAUAAUGAUGGCACUAAGCUUGUGGUACUCAAUAGCCUUAAGAAAAUGACUAAUGUUGCAGAGUUGGAGCUGCAGAACUGUGAACUGGAGAGAAUCCCCCAUGCCAUCUUCAGCCUCUCUAACUUACAGGAACUGGAUUUAAAGUCAAAUAGCAUACGCACAAUUGAAGAAAUCAUCAGUUUCCAGCACUUAAAAAGAUUGACUUGUUUAAAGCUGUGGCACAAUAAAAUAGUCAACAUUCCUUCCUCCAUUACCCACAUAAAGAAUUUGGAGUCUCUUUAUCUCUCCAAUAACAAACUCGAAUCCUUACCAGCCGCAGUGUUCAGUUUACAGAAACUUAGGUGUUUAGAUGUAAGCUACAACUCAAUCGCAUUGAUUCCAGGGGAAAUAGGUUUGCUUCAAAAUCUGCAGCAUUUUCACAUCACAGGAAACAAAGUCGACAUUUUGCCAAAACAGUUGUUUAAAUGUGUUAAAUUGAGGACUUUGAGUCUGGGACAAAACUGUAUUACCUCAAUCCCAGAUAAAGUUAGUCAACUGUUGCAGCUGACUCAUCUGGAACUGAAGGGAAACUGCUUGGACCGUCUGCCAGCCACUCUGGGGCAGUGUCAGCUUCUCAGGAAAAGCGGGCUUGUGGUGGAAGAUCACCUCUUUGAUGCUUUGCCCUCAGAAGUUAAAGAGGUGUUGAAUCAAGACACAAGCAUUCCCUUUGCUAACGGGAUUUAGGCUGAGGUGAAAUGCUCCGGUAGCUGACUUCCAAAAGGCAAAUGCUAAAAAGUAUGGCAAUUGUGAGACCAUGCAUUUUAGAAAGCAGAAUUCCUUGGAAGGCAGGACUACUAGCAGGAUUAGAAGAGGUGUAACUGAGUGUUCAAUGUUUGCAGUGUUUUAAAAGAUUAUUUCCAAAAUUUUUGAAAGGAUAAAGAACCUUAAUAAUCUCAAUUCUUUUUUUUCCUUAAUUUGUUUGUAACUUGGAUGCUGCCGCUUUUGAAUGUUUACAAAUUUGCUUGCCUGCUUAAAGUAAAUGAUUAAAUUGAUGACCUUUUCUUACUAUGCAAGUUAUUCCUUAAGGUCUGGAUUUACUUUAGUGCAUUAUGGGAGGGGGAAACAAGGACAAGUGUUGUAUACGGUAUGGUUCUAACAGCACUUGAAACACAUGUUGAUGUGUGUUGUUAGUGUUUAGCCAUCCUCAGCAAGUGAAACCAGUUUGGCUGUGCUUUGAACUGCACCAGAACCACCAUUUUCCUGCAUUAAGGUAUGUGGUUUGCAUCAGGCCAAGUGUGUUUGCCUUCAUUCUUCAUCCUCAAGGCCUCAUGUUGUUGGGCGAGAUUUCUUCUGUGGUCCAGUGUGCUACUCCUUCACACCGGCAAAGACUAGUCACAUUCCCACAGCUGGUCUCCCCCUCAGCUUCCAUAACGCUCCUCUGUCCCACGCAGCAGUGGGUAGUAAAAGGGAGAAUACUGCCACUUGGCUUUCAAGUUGGGGAUAGUUUUGAUAUUUGAACUGUUUUGCAAGGUGACUUUGAAAGCCAUUAAACACCAAGUGACUUUACUGCUCAUGUUUUGCUCCUCUUCUGAGUUUUCAUCUGGGAAACUCAAGGCAUUUUAUGAGUUGGUGAUUGUUUCGUUUCACAGCCCUUGCUUAGGAACUGGGGUGUCUGCUCCAUUUACGAGACUAAUGACUGAGACAUAAGAGUUAUGAUUUACCCAAACAUGAUUUAGCUUUAUCACCUAUUGUGGUGUGUCUUUCACACCUGGACUUUAACCACAGGACCACCCUUCUCCCCCACCCCAGCCCAAGUAAGUUGAUGUUUUUGAACACUUACGCACUGUUAGAAAACCCGGUGUGCCAGAUAAGUCAUCAAAUAAAGAAAAAAGCAGACAGCAGUGAGCGUGGGAUUUUUUUUUUUUGGUUGGUUUUUUUGGUGGUGUUUUUUUAACCGAGUUUGCAUUGCCAGAACCAUUAAAGAAAUAUAAUCCAUUAAAUCUGCAAAAUCAUCAGUUGUAAAUCUUGGCCAUUUACAUUCCAUGUGUGCAGAAAAGAAGUACUAUGCUGGGAGAUGAUUACAUGAUUACUCAUGGUUUAAACACAAUUCCCUAUUGUAGUGUGGUCAGGACUGAACUAGUCUGUAGUUCAAGGGACUGUUCUUUUCACACAGAAAUCCUCAUGCACAGCGAUUUCUACUGUAACUUCACCAGAGCUGGCCUGACUUACACCACUAUUAAUGAGGGGAUAGUUUAGGCCUAGGGGCAUUGAGCAGUCAGGAACAUUUCAAAUACUGCUCUUAUGAAUCUUGCACAUUUUAUUGUUAAUCAUUUACUGUUAGUCAUGCUGGGAGGACUGUCCUCAGCUGUAGGUAGCAGUCUCUGAAUACAUACCUGCACCAUAUGUUUGUGUAUAUCAGAAGACCAGCUUAUGAAUAGUGGUUUUCCCACUCCUUUUGGGGAUACAGUCUGUUUUCCACUUGCCAGCAGGUAGUAAACUUGGGAUGUUGACAGUUCUGCAACACCAAGUUGCAGGUUUGGCAGAAUACUUGCAGUUACUGAUCUGUCCUCCACUGGGAAAUUUAGUGCUAAUCCUCAGAAAUUUUUUGAAGUAGAAGUUAAGGCUGCAGUGGUUUUUUUUGUUGUUGGUUUUGUUUUUUUUUUUAAGAAACUCUUUCAUGUGUUUAUUUUUUGCACAUAGAUCACUUUAAAAUUGCUGGACUAUUGACUCUUCAGAAAAACUGUGGAAUAUACUAUUGGUGUAUGCUUUGUAUUUGCUGUUGAGUGUCAUUUCAGCUUCCAAGAAAUUGUGUAGGAGGGAGGAAGAGUUGGAGGAUGACAAAGUAAUUAAAAUAUUUAGAAAAGUAGUUCUAUUUUUCAUCUUUUUUUCUUAUUUUAAUAGCAGAGUUGCACAGAAUGCGGCCGUGGAUUGAUCCAGCUUUUAAAAGCUUUUUUUGAUGUUUCUGAUUCUCCUACUGUCCCUACUGAUGUUCAAAAAAUAAAUCUAUGUCCACUUCCUAUGAGUAUGGUAUAUGUAAUUUAGACCACUGUUUUGACUAGUUAUUAGCCACUUGUACUUCUUUAGACAACUUCCUCCAAAAUAAGUAUACGUUAAAGUUAAUUUCAGGCUUGUGAUGCUUGCUCAGCAUAAACUCCAUUCUUGUUUUUAGGAGAGCUUUCUCAGAGUGGGGAGGAACUGCCCGUCAUCCCCAUGUCACCUCCCCCCAGUCCUUCCUCCUCUUUGUGACUGUUUAUAAUGUUCUGAUUUCCUGCGUGUCAGCUGACACAGUCUUGCUUUAAAGUCUUGGAAGUUCAUCUCUUUUCCAUGUAAGGCAUGUGAAAUAUAUUUUGCAUUUCUAUUUGAUUUAAUAAAUAAGAUGUUUAUAUCUUC